UUUGGGUGGGCUGUGGGUGCCGUUCCAUUGCAACAAAGGCAAAGCGAAGGGGGGAUGUGUGACGAAGAGGAGAGAAUAUCUGAGGGUGAAUACGACAUCAACCACAUCACGCUGUGCCCCGCUGAGAGAAACCGAGAGUGGGAUUUCCUUAAAUGUGUUGUCAUGCAUAAUGACCUGCUGUCACCCCCCCUACACAGUUUCAGCAUUUGACAUAAACAAAUAUCUGAGUGGAAUAUUGCUGUUACAGAGUAUUUCUCUUAACUUCCUUUUACUGUCCAGUUAUUCUUUAUACCUUAAUGUUGGCACAGUUACACAAAUGUUUGCUUCCUCAAAUAUUGAAUGGCAGUUUGUUGGUGCUUUCACUUUCUCCUCUACAGUGUGAGUUGGUGGGUCACAGUGGAGAAUUCACGGGGAAAUUUAGCCUCCGGCUGGGGGAGUUUCCAUUGCAGCAGAGGCGGAGUAACACUGACGGCUUUGACUUGCGAGUGAGGGCUUGUGGUCCUGAGCAGUACAAGCCGGGUGUUCACAGUGUUUGUACAGUAGUAUUUGUACAGCAGUAGACUUAAGUAGUUCCUGGAGUAUAAACUUUGCUCUACGUGUACACGCAGACUAACCUUUAUUCCUGACACCUUUAUGUCUUCUAAAACAACAAAGUUUUCCCUGCCUCUCUCUCAGGGGUGUAGCAGUAUGAAGUUGCUGGAGCUAGGGGACUCCAUCAGUCGCUUCAGGUUUGCUCAGUGUUGUGUGGGGUUGGCAGGUUGCCUGUGUGUGUGCUAUGCAGUCUGGACACCGUUCUGGCUGAAGGACAGGGGACUCUGGACGGAGUGGAAUAACACUGAAAGUGAGCAGACGAGUCGUAAAGAUGGCAUCGUCUACAACGCCCUGGAAGCAGAGAGAGUAUUUGGAGUUCUCUCCUUCCUCAUGGCGGUGAGCACUAGUGCUCUGUGUCUGGUGUUUGCCCUCUGCUGGACAUCCGAGACGGUGCGCUCCUAUUCCAACACUCGCUCCCUCCUCAUGGCAGGACAGGCCCUCUACCCCUCCACCCUGCUGCUGCUCACCAUGACCUCCACAGGUUUCUUCUUCCUCCUCAGCUGGUCUUUUUUCACCAAUGAGCACCGGGAAGAAAUCCGCCAAGAUUUGUCCAGCCUGGGCUCCUCCUAUUGGCUGGGGGCUUUAGGUUGGGUCCUGCUGCUGGUCGUGGAGAUGAUAGUCUUUAUAGCUGAGCAAGCUGUCGUGCCUGACAUCCUGCCAGACUUAGAAAGGGCUGUGGAGGGUUGGCGGAUUUCCUCUCAACGUAAGGCCGCUAAACACUCCUUCAGCGAUGGUUAUUACCCUGGUAACAGAGAAAGCAACAUGGCUCUCACGAGCCCUGGUUGGAGUGCAGAAAUUGGGACAUGACAGGGGAAAUGAAUGUCAAUGUGUAAGUUACACAUUAACGCACACAGACUCAAUGAGGAACCAGUAAUUCCUCGCUGCUUUAUAGAUCUAUACAACCAGACUGAACAUUGAUUAACUGUGUUGGGAGUUAAGUGUUUGCCAGAGGAAUUAAGUCUGAAUCCUGGAAGUCAGUGAAGGCUUCAGCUUCCUGAAGGACUGGUUGUGGUGGUUUGUAUUCAGUAUGGACUGAAAUUAAAUAAAAACACACUAAGGACAAUCAAUACUGGCUGGGAAACUGGGCACCAAAUGUAAGGUGAGAACUGUUCUCUGGCAAAGUGCAU